AUGGACGGAAGGCAUCUCCUCCGCUGCCGCACCGUCUGCAAGGCCUGGCGCCGCCUCGCCACCGACCGCGCCCUCAUCCUCGACCACCACGCCCGCCAGCCAGCCCAGCCCCUCCUCACCGUGUACCCCUUCGUCGCCCCGCACAACAACUGCCUCGAGGCCGUCGACCUCAGCACCAGCAACCGCCGCAUGGUCGCGCGCUUCGUCGACAGGGCGCCCCGCCCCUUGUCCAACCCCAACGACGCCGCCGCCAACCUCGUCUACAAGAUCCGCGGCGCGCUCGUGGUCCAUGGCUCCUGCGACGGCCUCCUCCUCCUCAGCUUCCACGACGCCGUCUUCGUCUGCAACCCUGCCACGCGCCAAGGUUCUCUCCUGCCGAUUCCUGAUAAUGGCUUCCGGCAUAUUGCCGGGUUCUACAGGCACGCCGCUUCCGGGGAGUACCGGGUGCUGUACCACCAGCUGCGGUACAACCGAGUUGAGGGCCUCCGGAGGAAGUACUACGUCCUCACGCUGGGAUCCCAGGACGCGGCUAGGAACAUCCAGCUCCGCACGUCAUCAGCUGCCAUGGGCGUCGGGCUGGCGAGAGGGCUGGCCGGCUCCUACGAUCUGCCGCCCGUCCUUCUCCAUGCCAGCCUUCACUGGCCGCCGCAGCAGAGCCAAAAUCGCAACAUACUGGUGUUCCACCCAGCUGCCGAGUCAUUCAGCUGGAUUGCUCCUCCCCCUGCGGCUUUGCCUUUGUUACAGGGCAAGCACCACGACACACGGCUGUUUCAGAUGCAAGGCACGCUCGCCAUGUUCUGCUGGCAGCAUGAUGCAAGGAUAUCGCAUCUCUGGCUCUUGGAGGAUUACCACGGGACCAAGCCCAACUAG